AUGAGUGACGAUGAAUCUAUGGUGCUGAAUUUUAGCACAGAUACUGCAGGUAUCCAAAGAGCAGAUAAGGUUACUGGUGGUAGAUGGAAAGAUAGACGGAAGUUACAACAAAGACUAGGUGGUAGAGAGCCAGUGAAGCGUAGAGCUGAAGGUGGCGAUAAAGAGCGUGGCGAUAAAAGAGCUAAAGUAGAUACUGGGAAUGCUCAGGAAAAGAAGAAUAUUCCAAAGCCUGUUUCUAAGGCUGAUGUUAAUAUCAAUUCGCAAAUUGUCUCCUCUUUGUUUACUUCUAACAGAGCCAAGCAGACAUCAGAAAAUAAGAAUAAGCACAACUCAGAUGAUAAAGUUGUUCCCUCGAAUGCUCCUCUUACAGACGAUUCGUUCGAAGGAUUGGGUGUUGGUUCGCUUGUGGUUUCUCACUUAGAGAACAAGAUGCGUAUUCAAAAGUCUACAAGCAUUCAAAAGGUAGUUAUUCCUCAAAUUUUGCAAAACGCUGAUAAGACAGAUUUCUUCAUUCAUGCUCAGACGGGGUCUGGUAAGACACUGGCAUAUUUGCUACCUAUAUUUUCGGCUAUUCUUGGUAUGGGCGAUCACAUCGACAGAAAAUCUGGAUGUUUUGCGUUGAUUAUAGCACCAACAAGAGAAUUGGCCAGUCAAAUAUACCAUGUGACAACUAUGUUGGCAAAUUGUUGUCAUUAUUUGGUACCUUGUUUACUGAUCGGUGGUGAAAGAAAGAAAUCAGAAAAGGCAAGACUAAGAAAGGGUUGUAACUUCAUUAUUGGUACACCCGGCAGAAUUCUUGACCAUUUCCAAAAUACUAAGGUUAUUAAAGAACAAAUGCAGUCAUCGCUGAGAUAUGUUGUUCUUGAUGAAGGUGACAAACUAAUGGAGCUCGGUUUUGAAGAGACUAUCAACCAAAUAAUGGAGAUCGUUAAUUCAAUGGACGUGAUUACUAGGAAAUAUCCAAAAUUACCAAACAGAAUUGUACAUUUGCUAUGUAGUGCAACUAAGAAUAAUGAAGUUGCCAAAUUGAGCAAGAGAUCGCUUGACAACUAUAAAGUUAUAAGCAUUGGUGGGAAAAAAGACACUAUGAUGGAUAAUACAUCUGUUCCUGACCAACUAUUACAAAAGGUUGUUAUUGCGCCACCUAAAUUGAGGCUUAUUACUUUGGCUGGUGUGCUGGAUGGUAUUCAAAAGAAGCCUUUAGACGCUGGUUCUGUUGCAAAGAGAACAAUAGUUUUUUUGUCCUGUGCUGAUAGUGUUGAUUAUCAUUUUGAAGUAUUUUCUGGUAAUGAUGGCUUAUAUAAGAAUUUGGUGGGUGAUUCUGUUAGGGUAUUAUCAAAAGGAAAUAAGAUAUUGCCUAGCAUUAAGGAUGAGGAGUUACCUGGUAUAAUAUGUUAUAAGCUCCAUGGUUCUUUAAGUCAGCAAAUGAGAACAAUGACAUUGAAACAUUUUGCAACAGAUAGCGAACAGACCAAGGGUAAACAUCUAAUAUUAUUCUGUACAGAUGUCGCCAGUAGAGGUUUAGAUUUGCCUGAUGUGAGUACCGUUAUUGAGUUUGACCCUCCAUUUGCUGUUGAAGAUCAUUUGCAUAGAAUUGGUCGUACUGCCAGAGCGGGCAGAAGUGGUGAGGCUUUGUUAUUCUUACUUCCAGGCGAAGAAGAAGGAUAUCUAGAUUACAUUCAAAAAUAUCAUCCCAAAGGCUGGGAUUUAUUAGAUGCUGAAAAGGAUGUCUUAAUUAAAGCCUUCAAUGACAUUGACGUUGCAAGAAAUGACAAAGAAAUCAAAUCUACUGGAAAAACAUUUGAAUGGGAUACUAAUGCUACCACAUGGCAUUUGAACGUCGAGAGACGUAUUCUUGAGAAUGAGCAGUUCAAGGAACAAGCGACCAAGGGUUAUAUCAGUCAUGUUAGGGCUUAUGCAACUCAUAUAUCUGCUGAAAAGCAAUACUUCAAUCUGAAAGGCGUACAUCUUGGUCACUUAGCCAAGUCUUUCGGUUUGAGAGAUAGGCCUAAGGCUAUGGGUAUGAAUAGCAGCAAAGACGCCAAUGGUAAUGAAAGAAGUAAGCCAAAAAAAGAAAACGCUAAAAAUAAAAUGUUUAGAAUGGCACGUAUGGCUGCUAAACAAAGUGCAGAUGAAUUUAAUUACUAG